AUGACAUCCAACCAAGCCAUUUUCUGUGACGACAACAGAGGGUCCUCGACCAUGGAGGUUAUGGGAUAUAGCAUACUUCCAGCCGACUUGCCACUCCAGUCUAUGGUCACGGAUGUGAAGAAAUCUCUUCGAACACGACCAAAGGAAGCGUCGGGGCCCGUCAUGUAUGGGAGAGGGGAUCAUGAUGCAUGCGAGAGCUUCCUGAGAUUUGGAAUCCAGGGUAAUGAUUUCACAAAGAAGGUCGAAGAAGUGAUCGGGAGGCCUGCCUUCCGUCUCCACCAGGGCCCGGUCAUCGUCCACUCGUCGGAUCGCCUAAACUGGGGAAUCAAUGCCGCCCAUCCUUGCCGAAAUGGGCUUUCCGUCUUCCGGGCCCUCUCAGAUACCAUAGAGGAUAGAGUGACAACCUUGAAGCUCUAUCCGAUCUCCCACCACUUGACGAGCACCGAAUUCGCACAGGAAAGAAGAACACCAAGGUCUUUCGAUUUACGAUCAAAUGAAGUACUGUUCGUGCGAGGCGCAGUCAAGAUGGUAAUUUCACUGCCUGCUGGAGGAUCCUUUGUUUGGCAAGGGUUUUCUGAGCACCCGUGGGGGCUGGAUACAUCAUCAGCACGUGAAGCUUUUGCUUUCAUGAAGAUCUAG